GAUGCCGGUUGAACCUGUUUUCACGUGACCCUUUUCUGUACGGGUCAUAAGAAGGUAUUUUGUUUCUUGAGUCACAAAGAUGUUUGCUUGGUGAUCUUGUUUCUUCAGUCAGAAAAGAAAUAUUUGCUUCGAGAUCUUGUAUUUUCCCAUAGUUACAUGCCUUUGUGUCUCCUUGGUGCAGUGACCAGCAUACGAAAACUGCAAGGGGCAAACGACUUUUGACUAGAACGUAGGAUUCCAUUUGGCAUGGCACGCAGUGAUGCGUUCUACAAGGCCGUGGUUCUACUCUUCUUAGCUGUAACGUCUAGAGGAAAAUGGACCGGCGACCCAACAUUUGCGAAAGACAGUCUUACGUUAACCUGGGACACGACUGGUGUCGACACAUACUUCCAGAAAUAUGUAGUGGAGCUGUAUCAGAGCAAGAACCGGACUUGUACUGACGUGUACAGACCACCAACACGGCAAGAAAGUCUGUCUUUUGCACAGACGGAGGCCACCUUCGUAGGCUUACACCCGGGCACCAUGUACUGCUGCAACUGCACAAUCGUCAGAAGCCCUCCUCAUGGCAACCGAAGCUGUGGACAAUACCAAACAAUGAUUACUGUCCCCAUCAAUGCAACUGAUCAAUCUGACAGGAAGUUUAACUCCACAUCGGUAACCAACACCAGCAUCACUGUGACGUGGCGGUCCUUCAGUGAAGAAACCCGGCGCAGUUUAUUCAGACCACACAAUUUCUACUUUUACAAGAUAAGAAUUUCACCGCCAGAGAUUGAUACCAACACUCACCAGGCGUUCUACAAUGAGGAUGUGCUGGAGGCAACUUUUUCCGGACUCACUCCAGGAAAGGAAUACGAAAUUCACUUUGAAGCUGUCGGGGACAACGACAGACUCGUGUUGCAAAACCCUUAUCAUCUGAGACUUAUUACCAAUGCCAUUGUCUCAACUGAUCCUUCUCCAGUGGAGAAAGUUUCCGUGGUCGCUAAGAGCUCAACAUCCGUGACAUUGAACCUGACACCACCGAAGAACGGGUUUGUAGACCUGUUCCAAAUACAGGCAACUUCAGCACAUCAUUCCAGCCCUCUUUUAGAUGUUCCUGACUCAAGGGAAACCUCAGUCCUGGCCACUUUGUCCAAUCUUCUGCCUAAAACUACGUACAGAAUUUCAGCCACAACUGUCAAGAAUGGCCAGAGAGGGCAAGCAGCGUUUGUCACUGUCACGACAGAGCAUGUCUACGUCGAUCCUAAGCUUGUAGGCUCGGUCACUGCCGUUCUCGUGGUCGUCCUGGUUGCAGCAGCCGUCUGCACUGUGCGGAUAGUCAAGCGGCUGAGGUACAGGCUAGACCCGGCACAGCUAUUCAAGGAAGUCCUAGAGGAUAUCGUUGGGUCUGAGAAAAUGGAACCAUGGUUGAAGAAAAGAAGGGAUCUGUACCUUGACGAGCUGAUUGGUGAGGGAGAAUUCGGUCACGUGAGGAAGGGCGUUCUGUGGGAAGAUCGACAACAGGCCGUCAUCGUAGCUGCCAAGACUUUGAGAGUCGAUCGAGCCAAUGAAAUGACUUACCGAGACUUCGCGAAGGAGGCGAGCCUGCUGAUCGAAGUCAACAAUGACGGAGGUCACGUGAACAUCAUCGGUCUGAUCGGGUUGGUUGUUGACGGAGUGAAAAAGAAAGAUCCUCGAUACAUUCUAGUCGAGUAUGCCCAACCAGGAGAGCUGCUUUGGUACCUGCUGGGUAUACAGAACAGCCGACAACAGGCAGGAUUUCCGCCGGGCUUAGGACAACAGCUCACCGACGUGGCCAUCGACAUCGCCCGGGGGAUGCUGGAGCUGAAACGACGACGGAUUACCCACCGUGACCUGGCGUGUAGGAACAUCGUUCUGUCCUCCCCUGACGGACAUACCGGCCGUCUGGUCGCUAAAAUCUCCGACUUCGGACUGGCCCGUGACGUGUACGUGACGACACAGUACAUGAGACACCCUCUGACCAACAUGCUGCUUCCAAUAAAGUGGAUGGCAAUAGAGUCUCUGAUCGAGGGUGUUUACAGCUGCAAGAGUGACAUGUGGGGGUUCGGCGUCGUGCUGUGGGAGAUAGCAACUCUGGGGGGAACACCUUAUCCCGAGGUCUGUGGCUACGAGACUCUGGUGACGAGACUCCGCCGGGGGUACCGCCUGCAGAAACCGAGCGGCUGUUCCGAUGAGCUGUACAAACUGAUGAACCUCUGCUGGCAGGAUGACCCGGAUGUAAGGCCCACGCCUGACGUGGUUGAGGAGAAGUUGGAGCAGCUGCUGCAGCAGGACCAGGCUUUCUUUCCAAAGGCAUAGGAAACUGGAGAGAGCGCUGACAUACAAAUGAAGUGGACAAAUGAAGUGGAUUUGGUUUCCUUUCUAUACCCUUAUGUAUUAAAAGGGAUGUUAUACUAAAUGCAUCAUUCUGAGAAACCUUGGCCAAGACAUGUUGAUAACCAAGAAAACGUUUCUGCAGCAAUGAACUUUAGAGUUGUACAUUAAUGAUAAAUGAGUCCUGAAUAUAAUCAAACUAUAAGUAAAAAUAAUGUAAAAAUUACAUAUACGUAGCAGCCACAGAGGACCCAUUGAUAAUUACCCAAUUCUGCAGAAUUCUGCACAGAAAUCGGUAGAA